AUGGGUCGUCUUUUGGAACUCCCCGUCGAGGUCCUUCUAAUCGUCUAUGGGAGCUUAGAGACCAUUAACGAUGCAGUCAUCGAUAACAACCUACCACUACCGAAGAGCCCAGAUACCACCUGGCUCAGAGACCACUUUGCUCCAGACUGGUGUUGGAAACCUACAGAAUCACAGGUACCUGACAAUCUGGUGGACAAAAGGACGCGGGAAUUUCUCACAACCAGUGGCAUCCCUUCUGGCAUUUGUCCAAUUACCCAAUGGAAUUCCUCCCUCCUUAGGGACUUUGAGAAUGCGGAUGCAGAGCGGUACGCCUGGGACGCUGAUUUGAUCAUCGGCCGCCGCUUGGAGGAUGACCAUUCUGCGCCUGUCAAUUUCUGUUAUUGUAUAGGCCAGCUCGAUCUUGCGCUGGCAAUGCUUGAUGCUAAGGAUGGAACGGUUUUCCACUUUGACCAGGGUGCUUAUGGAAAAUAUGCCAACAGGGGUAUCAUUGCAGAUUCAGUGCCUUCACUUCUGGUACUACUGGGGACUGUCGAGGCGAGUGUGGCUCGGAUGGGCAAAAUGCCAUCGAAUUUGAGCCGCCUGGCAUUUGAAAAGGAUAAUGAUAUGCGCCUCUUUGUUUUAGCUGCUUUGAGAAAGAUCAUGUCAGAAUAUGAUGACCGCGUGGAACAAGAUUCGAUGUUCUGGAAUGCAAUUUUUCAUACCUGUGUAGAGUAUUAA